CGGUCAAAGGCGGUGGCGGCGGUGCCUGCUCCGGUGUGCUCGACGCUCCUGUCCUGUCGGUGAAAUCAUGGCUGCAUCCACGGAACGAGUAACAGAAGAAGUCAACGGGGAUUCUGACGAACUUCAAGAUUCUGACAAGUCGCAGAAAAAAUCAGCCAAACAUGACUCAGGGGCGUCGGAUUUGGAAAAAGUCACGGACUUCAUGGAGGAGAAGGAAAUUAGACCGACUGAAUUCUUUCAAGGGGCUUUGUCAGUUCUUGGAGCUCAAAGAGAGAGGGACCUAGCAGCAAAGCGCGAGCGUGAAGUUGAACUGUCCAAAGUCUCAAUCAAGAAAGAUGAUGUUGAAUUAAUAGUUAGAGAAAUGGAAAUUACUCGCCAAUUAGCAGAAAGGAAAUUACGCGAACACAGAGGUAACGUGGUUGAGGCCCUUCAAUCUCUGACUGACUAAUCUUGAAGCUUUAUCGUUCAUCAUUGUCUCUGAAGAAACUUAUGCCCCUCAACUGAACUCUAAACGUUUGCAAGGUGCCUUUUGUUUUUAAUUUCCAACUCAAAAUGUGCCAGAAGCCUUGAAGAUCUUGAACUGUGAAACGCAUGACUGCUCGAGAUAGUGGUGUUGUAAAGUAUUGUAUCACUUUUCUUUCCACAUGCACUUUGUUUUUUUUCAUUUCCUGUCCCUCAUGAUUGUAGUGAAUUGUAGCAGAUUCUCACUGGUCUAAAUAUUAAAACAUCUGUUAUCAAUAACCCUUUCAGGGCUUUGUCUGAAAGGAUAAAAUUCCUCAGAUAUUAUAUCUGAUGACUGAAUGUAGUACAAUUUAUUGUGUCAAUACAGUUUUUCAAAUCUUGU